CCUGCUACGAGCAUAUAUCGUUCUCUUUUGUUGUAUUUUAAAUCACACUAUUAUGAAUGCUCAUAAUAAUGAAUCAAAACUUGAAAAAGUGUUGAAAUUAUUAGAGAGCAAACAAAAAAGCCCAGGCAAUGCUGAUGUUGAAACAAACUUCUUUAAUGAGGCUUUAGAAUAUCUUUUAUCUAUUAAUCACUGGUGGUGUACAAAAGCAGUUUUACCUAUUGCACGUGAGUCACUAUGGUUAUUUUCAUUGCCUGAUCAUGAUCCCAUUUUACAAUAUAAAAAGAAGCUUGAUGAUCAAUUAAAAUCUUGUAUUCAAUGUGUUCAAGCAUAUCAAACAUCAAAGAGAUUUGUAAAACAGAGAUAUGAAGAAUUAUUUCCAGCACAGACAGUUAGAGAAUUCUUUCAAGUCAUCGAUCAUUUUGACGUUAGUAGAAUAAUUUCAACAUUUAAUUCACAUGAAAACAAUUUCAGCAUGACCAAUCAAGUAAUGUGUGCUAUACUCGAAGUUGUUUAUGCUCCUUAUUUAUUAAAGGAUCCAAAAUGUGAUGACACAUUUGGUAAGGCAUUUACGCUGAUUCAGAAAACAGGUGCAUUUCCUACUUUCACUACAGAGGUAACAACUUACAUUUUUCGUAUGACGUUUUAUCAUCAUCGAGUUGUUCGUUUUUGGGCGAGAAAGUUAUUAGAAAAAUUUAUCACUACAGAUCAAUACAAACUCUCAGAAGAAGAAAUUUUAGAGAUAAAAGAGUUAGUUUUAGGAUUGAUUCAGUCUUUUACAGCGGAAGAUGAAUUCAGGACUAUCAUUAAACUCUGUCCAUUUACGAUAAUACAGGAUCUGGGUGAAUUUUGGAAAUCAUUUCGAUUAGUUGCAAGUCUAACAACAUCAGAGGUGUUAUUAACAUUCUUAUCUGAAUCAUCUGUAUCUAUGCCUCAGCUCAUUUUAUUUCAAUUAUCUACUUCAGCUGAAUGGCUAGGUGAACUUUUGAAAACCAUGACAGCUAUGUUACUUAAAAUGCAAGGUCAUUUUUGGGGUGAAGUAGGGACAAAUAGUAUUAUUUAUUAUGAUAUUGUGAAGCAAAUAUGUGAACAUACUGUCUUUCAAACCGCUAUGAAAAUUGCAAGAGAGGGGAAUACUGGAAAAAUUCUACAACGAGAUGGCACACCAUAUCCAGACGAUAAGUUAAUGUCAAAGAUCAAAAGCAUGCUGGAAUGGAUAUAUCCUUAUUGGUCCUCAUUACGACAUACACCUGUAGAGAAAGAGAUUACACAAAAGAUUUUAGAUACAACGUUCGGCUAUUUUCAAUUAAACACAUGGGGCGUUAUGAGUAAAGCCUAUUGUGCAGAAUUAGGAUUACAGAUUAUCGAUCAAUGCCUAGCUGACAAUUCUGUUCCAGUAGAGAAAGUGAAUGAAUAUAUUCCCAAAAUGAUUGGAUUUGCAAAGAUAACCCCUACUGUAUUGCCCGCUCUUGUUCAACAUAUGCCUGCGGUUGCACAAAAUAUCUUAUCAGAUCUUGUAAAUCGAGAUGCAGCUUACUUGAAUAAGGCAUUUAAUGCACUCUAUAAAAUAGAUGAUUUAAUGAGUGAAAUGGAAGAGAGUACUAGUGAUCCAAUAGAUUCUGUUAAAAAAUCACCUUAUGAAUCAAUUUGGAUUGCAAUAAAGCCUUACUUUAACGAAAGCGCAAUCCAGUUUCCUUGGUUAGCAAUGCUUUUAUUCAAAGCCUAUGCAAAUAUUGCUUUGGCAGAUAUACCAAAUCUUUUAAAAGAUAGUGAAGCAAAAGGCGAAAUUGUUUCCUUGGAACACAAACAUGUUUUACUUCGAUUCGUAGACAUACGAUCCGUAGUAGGGAAAAUACUAAAGAUGGUGAUAAAGAUGGAUUGGAGUGUUAAAAGACAUAUAUUGACAAAUGAAGAAAUGGUGAAGCCGAUACUUCAUCUGAUAUGUUCUCCCUAUUUAGAAAUCAAGCAAGACAUGGCUCAAUUCAUUCAAGAAUAUCCACAACAACUUAGUGAUCAUGAUUUAUACCAACAAUUCUUUUAUAUGUAUCAACCAUUAAAGGUGAUAGAGGCCUUCAAUUCUGUUUUACGUGAAUUUAUAGCAUUGGCCAACAGUCCAGUUCUUAACAUUUUCAAAUCAGUUCAAUCUCUUACGACAUUUUUAUCAAUUCAAGUUGAUAUAUUAGCUAAUUCAUCAAGUGGAUAUUUAAUGAAAUUAGUAGAGUCUGGACCCGAAAAGAUAAAGGACGAAGAUGGCGUUAUAGGUGAAUUUUGGGAUGUCUAUUGGCGUACUGUUAGUAUUAUUUUUGGAAAGGGUUUACAAUGGGCUACAGAGUAUCGCCCUGCUGUUGUUGUUAAUCUCAUUAUGCCUAUACUUGAUUCUUCAUCAUUGAUAAUAAAUUCAAAGAAAGUGUUGGAGAAUAUUAUGACAACUACUUCAAAUUCUAAAGAUACUUCACUUAAUUAUGACCAUAUCAACACUUUAGUAGAUUCGCUUUCUCAUUGGAUUUAUGUCACACGUCAAGAUAUGAUAUCUCGACUUAUGCCACUUAUUCGCAGUAUACUUCAUACCUUGAAAAGAGCUGAAAUCAAAAUUUCUGUUGAGGCUUAUGAUCGACUCAUGACAGCAGCUACGGGUGUCAAUGCAAGUAAACUAACAGACGAGGAAAAAGAAAAUUUAUUUAUGGCCUUGAGUGCUCAUGAACCUACGAAUUUUAUCUUUUUAAAUGAUGAUAGCGAUGAUGAAGAUGUUGAAUGGCAGUCUGUUACUCCCACUGAUAAUGCAAGUCCAGUUAUAAGUACUCCUCCUCCUCCUCCAUCUAUUUUAAAGGAGCCAUUACAUUCAAAUUUUGAUUCUUCUUCUACCCCUUUACAAAUCAGUAGAGCUGAUACACCUAAGCCAGUCCAAAGACGUCAGAUAAGUUUAGAUGAAAGUUUUGCCAAUGUUUCACUCACAAGCCCUGCACGUCCAACAUCAAACACUGCAAAUAGCAAAUCUAAUGUAUCAAAAAUUACAAAUUAUUUUCCCGCAACCGCUGAGGAGCCACACACGAUCUCUGAUGAUGAGCUCGAGGAGGAAUUUGCGGAUAUUGAUUAUUCACAAGUUCCAGAAGAAUGGUUUGAAGUAAAGAAAGAAAAUAUACCUGAUGAUGCAGCCGCUUUAUCAGAAAAGUCAGAUAAUAAAGAUGUUUAUUUUGGUCGAGAUGACCCUAUGGAAGUGGAUAAACAUAAAGAAAUAACAAAGGCAUCAUCUAAAUCACUCGUAUCUACUUCAAAGCCAGAUGUGGCUUCAAUAUCAAAGCCUAUACCAACUCCUAUUGCAAGACCCUCAUCAGCACCCAUUGUAACAGCAAAGCCCUCAGCAAAGCCCUCAGCAAAGCCCUCAGCAAAACCAGUAGCUGUACCCAUCCUAUCUCCUUCGAGAACACCCCCUGCUAUUCGUAGAACAGGUGAUGAUAAGCCUAAGAAUGUGCCUCGAUUUUAUCCUCCCGAAAGCAAACAACCCACGUAUGCUGUCACAUCUAAGGGUCGUAAGCUAAAGCCUCCAUCGAUGGGGUUUUCCUCAAAGAUGAGAAGUUUACGUGAGGAAUUUCGCGCUGAACGACGUUUGAUUGCCACAGUCAAAUCCCCUUCAGCUGCUAAAAUUGUUCGUCAACGUUACGGUGUUGAUUCUCAGGAAAAUUCUUCAGAUUCAUCUGAUACUUCAUCUGAUGAAGGAGAUGAUGACUCUGGUUUACGUGGCUUAAUAUACGAUAUGGAUGAAGCAGAAUCAUCUUUUAGGACAGCUAAUGUAAAAGCAGAGAGUUCUAGCGUAAAGGCUCUUUUUAAUACUAAACCAAAGCGCACCAUCAAGUUAUUAGAGACACCUAUUACGAAUGAAUACCUUGACAGAAAAUUAAAGUCGCGUGCAAGAGAACAAGAACGCCGUCAAAAGAUUACACCUACUAUCGAUAGAUUGUACAAAACGAUUUUAUCAUGGGAUAUUGCCGAAGUGAGUGAGAUACCACCCCAUACAAACGAAAACAUGUACAAUCAUGUUCCUUCAACCUUCAAAACAUUUGAGGAAUAUCGUUCUAUAUUUGAGCCGCUUUUAAUAUUGGAGACAUGGUCUCAGUUAAUGCGUGCAAAGGAGCAACUGUCACAGAGUGAUGUAUUAGAUCAUUGUGUUGUUGAAACUCGGUGUCAUACAAAUGAUUUUGUAGAUGUUACCUUUAGUCUCCCUAUGAGCCUUAUUACGAAUAAUCUGUCAAUUGAUGAUUUAGUCUGUGUUGCUGAUCAUUUUGGUUCUGAUUUCUUUAUAGAUGUUGAUAAUGAUGGUCAUAAUAAGGAUGAAAGAACAUCAGUGAAAUGGAAAGCAUUUUUAGGAAAGGUUGUAUCUAUUAACCAGAUGAAGAACAUGGGUGAAGUUAUUAUUCGCUGCUAUUUUGCUGCAAAUCGCAUUAGCUUAUUAAACUCAAUUUCGCCAAAGACGUCCUGGAAUAUCUUAAAGAUUAUGAGUUUAACUACAACCAUGCGUGAAUAUGCUGCAUUAGAAGGUUUAGAAUAUUAUGAUUUAGGUAAAGAUAUCAUUCAACCAAAAUUAUCGCCUCAACCAAAAAUGAGUAGUGGAGCUAUUCAACACUAUUGUGAUCGUUAUGAUGUAAAUGAGCCACAGGCAAUAGCUAUUAUAUCUGCUAUUCAAAAGAAAAGAGGUUUUUCUUUAAUUCAAGGUCCUCCGGGCACUGGCAAAACAAAGACUAUUUUAGCAUUAAUCAUUUCACUACUCGAUCAACGUCAAAACCCAACAUUAGAUCAACCUUAUGGUUCUGGUAAACUUCUUGUCUGUGCUCCUAGUAAUGCAGCAGUAGAUGAAAUUACAAAGCGUUUGAAAGAAGGUGUUAUGACAUCGCACGGUAUUCGUAAACCCAAUGUCGUUCGUAUCGGUGUAGCAGAUUCUGUCAAUGCAAGUGUAAAAGAUCGUAUCCUUGACAAAUUGAUUGAGAUAGAAAUGGAGUCAUCUGUUGGCAAUGAAGGUGGUAACAAGUGGAGUGCAAAACUAGAUGGUCUUCAUAGAGAUAUUCGUAACAUUCAGAUCAGUUUGGAUGAAGUAGAUCGUGAGAUUACUCAAUCAGGCAGUGAUAUGGUGCAGAUGUCUAUCUUACGUGAGAAGAGGAAAUCUCUUGCACAAAAACUGACCAAGGCCAAAAUUUUGUUAAAGGAUACUUACCAAGAUCAAAAGAACCAUGGUCGAGAAAUGGAGGUCUCUCGUAUUCGUGCUCGACAGAAAGUAUUUGCGAAUGCAGAUGUUGUCUGUGCUACAUUAAGUGGUAGUGGUCACGAUAUGUUAACCUCGAUAGGUGUUUCAUUUGAGACUGUCAUCGUAGACGAAGCUGCUCAAUCGAUUGAGAUAAGUUCAUUAAUUCCAUUAAAAUUUGAUACCAAACGAUGUAUCCUUGUUGGUGAUCCUAAUCAGUUACCACCUACUGUUAUGUCUACUCUGGCUUCCAAAUAUAAUUAUCAACAGAGUUUAUUUAUGAGAUUAGAAAAUACUAUUGCAAAUGAAGUAAACUUAUUAAGUAUUCAAUAUCGUAUGCAUCCAGAAAUUAGUAAAUUUCCAAGCAAGAUGUUUUAUAAAUCCCGUCUUUUAGAUGGACCCAGUAUGUCUAAAAUUGCUUCAGCAGUAUGGCAUUCAUUAUCUGAUUUCCCUCCUUAUCGUUUCUUUAAUGUACUUGAUGGUCAAGAAAAACUUGGUAAAGGCAAAUCCAUCUUUAAUGUAGCCGAGGCAGAUGCUGCUGUUGCUUUAGUAGACAUGCUUUGUAGUAAGCUUCCUUCAAUUAAAUUUGCAUCAAAGAUUGGUGUGAUUACGCCUUAUAAACAACAAGUAGGACAAUUAAAAUCAAGAUUUCAGAAACGAUUUGGCAAUAGUAUUCUUGAUGUUAUUGAUUUUAACACUGUAGAUGGUUUCCAAGGUCAAGAAAAGGAAAUUAUUAUUUUCUCUUGUGUAAGAGCUGGCUCAGGACGUGGUAUUGGUUUCUUGGCUGAUAUGCGUCGUAUGAAUGUGGGUCUUACACGAGCAAAACGUUCUUUAUUUGUUCUAGGCAAUGCACGUUCAUUAUCCAAUAGUGAAUAUUGGGGCGACUUGGUUCGUGAUGCUCAAAAACGAUCACUUAUAACAAAUGUAAGGUUUUACAUAAAUAUAUAUAUGAUUACAAGAAUAUGAUAUUUUAACGAAUUCUAUUUAUAUAUGGGGAGGAUAACAGUGUGAAUACCCAUACUUCAAUCAUAAAAUAGAUAAAACCACGAUACCUCACAAUAUAUUUGAAAAGAGUGACCCUGUUACUAAGAAGCAACGAAUACCACAAAGAAAGGGACCAGUCAAGAUUUCUACUCCAAAUGUUAGAACAAGUCAUAAACGACACGUUUAUGAACGCAGUGAUGAACGACCUGGUUCAAGAAGAAGAAUAGAAAAGGAAGAGGAUAUAGAAAUGAAAGAAGCUGAUCAACAAGAAUCACGGAGGAGGAUAUCUUAGUUGAAUAAGUAAACAUUACAAUUAAUUAAUUCGAAGAAAAAAAAGGAAAGCAUUUGUAUUAUAUGUGUGUAUUAUAUAACAUUAUUAAAAUAACAUUAUUUUCAUGUAUAUUUGUAUUUAUGUAUAUUUAUUUAUUGGUUAUAACAA